CGCCCUCAAUGCCAAACUGGCUGCAGUGCGCACUGGAAAAUGCGGCGCGCUUUGCUGUCGGGUGCGCGUUGUUCCUCCUUGAAGAAGAUCAAUUAAUCCAUCGGUGUUUGAGGGGUCAUAUUGUUUCAGUUAUUUGGAUAUCACAAGAAGGAGAAGAAACAAAAAGCUUUCUGGAAACUUUACUGGUGGCAGAUACAAUGAGAGAAUUUUGAGAAUCUUACUCUGCAGAUGGAGAGUGACUUAUGGGGACUGUUAGCCAUGGAUACAGCAGAUCAACUCAACAUGACUCAAGUGGAAGAACUAAAAUCUUACAACUGCUGCUCAGCUCCCAGCACAACAAAUAGUGAGAACUUUUUGAAGCUGAACGACAGCACGACGCUGGUUGGGGUUCAAGUUGUUCUCAUCCUUGCUUACACCACAAUCAUAUUGUUUGGUGUCACUGGAAACUCCUUGGUGAUAUAUGUUGUCUUCAAGUUUAAAAAUCUACGGACUGUCACCAAUUUCUUUAUCGUAAACUUAGCUGUGGCCGACCUGCUGGUGAACACGCUAUGUUUGCCUUUCACCCUUGUCUACACUCUGUAUGGCGAGUGGAAGUUUGGUCAGGUACUGUGCUUCAUGCUGCCCUGCGCUCAAGGUAUGGCAGUGCACGUGUCCACCAUCACCAUGAACGUCAUUGCCCUGGACCGCCACAGGAGCAUCGUCUACCACAUGGAGACCAAGAUGUCCAAAGAUAUGUGCGCCGUGGUCAUUGUCAUCACAUGGGCCGUCAGCGCUCUGUUGGCCAGUCCGCUUGCCAUUUUCAGAGAGUACGGGACGUUGGAAUUUUCGCCGGAAGAUUCUAUUCAGGUGUGCACAGAGAAGUGGCCGGGCAGCAGCAUGAACGGAAGCAUUUACAGUAUAUUAGCACUUCUGGUUCAGUAUGGUUUACCUUUGGCCAUCAACUGUGUUGCUUACAUCCGCAUCUGGAAUAAGCUGAAGAAUCACAUGACUUAUGGAGGUCGAAAUGACCGCAAUCAGCGCAGGAAGAAGACGACGAAGAUGCUGCUGACCAUGGUGGUGGUCUUCGCUGUCAGUUGGUUGCCUCUCCAUGCGUUCCAGUUGGCUGCUGACAUCGACAGCACUGUGUCGUCCAUGAAGGACUUUAAGCUGCUUUUCACUGUGUUCCACAUUGUGGCUAUGUGCUCGACAUUUGUCAAUCCCAUCUUGUAUGGGUGGAUGAACAACAACUACAGGGAGGCCUUUCUGUCUGUGUGUAAGUGUUACCAGCCCUUCAGUCUGAGGUCAAGACGCUCCAACGGAAGAGAGACACAAAAAGAUCGAGACAGGGUUUGUACAGACUGUAAAUCAACUAAUGUCUAGGCUGCACAGUCAGAGGAUGUUCAUCGAUGAUCAUUUGUGGAAAUGUGAAGUUUCAAUUUAGUUUUGUGUGGGCAUUUUGAGGGAUGAUAAAAAUGAUAUGUGGGUUGAAAGAAAUUACUUAAAUAUCUAAAAAAAGGACCUCAACUUUAAAGUGACUAAAUUAAUACUACAAACACUGCGACAAACUCACUGGUAUUUAUGAGUCUAUGAUGGAUAUUCCUCCUGGAUACAGUUUGUCUGUGUUUUGCUUGUUUCUUUAGGAUUGUUCUGCCUGUUUCUUUUAAUGUAUUAAAAGUGUUGUGUGUGACUCUGGAGAAAGACAGCUGAUUGUUCAGUUGCAUUUCCAGGUUGUCAAAUACUAACAUGUUUUGGGCUGGUGGUUCGGAUCCAACGACCGACCCAAAGUGUUUGACUGACCUGGAAAUGAGCCUCAACAAUCAAUUGCCUUUCUCCAAAGUUAUGGUGUGUUCACACCAAACACAAAGCAAAUUUUUGUGUCCCUAACGCCUCGUUUCCACUUACGUAUGCGUAGAGAGAUGAGGCAUCUGGAAGUCCAUUCUUUCCCAUGGUAAUCGUUGUGAUAUCCAAUGGGCCUGCGAAACUCCUCCCCUUAGUUAUAUUUCAAUCCAGACUUUGUUGCAAGUAUGUUAAAAAAAAUUGAACUUUGGAGAUUUCGGAGAGACGGUAUGACAAUGUGCUAGCUUAGCUAACAGGCUGCUAACAAGCUAACAUGUUAUUUUCUCCAAAUCAGUUGCUUGUUGAUUGUCAAGUGAGUUUGUUUGAUUAAAAAUAACUUGUUUAUCUAGUUUUAACACACUGUGAAUUUGAGUGAUAAUAUUCCGCUAAAAUAUGGUUAUACAUUAUAUACAGUCAGAUUGUCGUUAUGACUCGUUCAGCCGUCCAUACGUCUUUAUAAUCAAAUAUUUCACAAACCAUGCCAUGUACUCAGCAGGUCCUGUUUCUGUCCUGGUAAUGUUCCAAGCGUAUAUUCCAAACUACUGGAUGACGGACAAAAUUAGCCUCUACUCCACGGCUACAGGAAGCUUCUAUCAGGUUUCUAUCCAUAUGUAAAGAAAUGCACUGCCUGGCAUUAGACACUAGAGGCAUCAUCCGUAUAUUCCCGGAUCCAUGGACACCAGUCACAUACGUAAGUGGAAAUGAGGCGUAAAGGUCAAUUCGCAUUUUCCGCAUCUGCGUGUCAGUGAGGGUCUGUUUUGGUCUGUGUGACAUAGAUGUCAUCAUCCACCCACGUCCCUUGUGGAUGUCCCUGUGCAGCCCAUUUUUUUGUGAUCAUGCUGACUGUAUGAAUAGCAAGGGUGCUGACUGCGCAUGCUCCAACCUCUUGUUCCACACUCCAUCCAGUCCAAAACAACGUGGUCAAGCCAGCUGCAGAACUUCGUUUUAAGUUGAACAUUUAACAGAUAUUCACUCCAGACUGAGCAGCAGCUUCUUAGUUUCAGUUUCACCUGACGAUGGCAGUAGGAGGACAAUAAGCUCACCUGUGAUCCCUACUGUUUACUGCUGGGGGCUGAGGUGGACUGUCAAUUGUUCUAUGGAUAGAGCCACAUUAAUCACAUGUCCCUCUCUCUUUAACUGUUUCAGAUUGAUUUUUUCACUAAAGACUGGACAUUGUUCUCAUACAUUGCAGGCACCACAGUCACAAUGAGAGAAGAUCUUCGCUAACAGACAUGUCAAUACACUCAUCUGAGUCACUGUCAUAGUUCUGACCUUGCAUUUGGAACAAUGAGCUUAACAAGCAUCAGUAAGUGCUUUAUGGAGCCCGCC